GACAGUUUCUUUUUACGAAACUCAUCGCUCUCUCUCUGCUUUCCAUAAAGUUAAUCUCAACCGCGAACCAAGCGUUUCGCUUCAGUUCGUUGACGCCCUUUCAACUUUCGCUAAUUCGCUCUCUAUCCUUCGUUAGAACCAAACCCUAACACUCGCGAAUCCCACUUCCCUGUCACGAAUCUCGUCGAGUGCAAAGCUCAGUGCUCUUCACCAAUCUCAGAUCUGUUACUUGAAAACUCGAUUUAAAGCGGGUGGAGCUCGUGUUUCAAAUUUCUUAUAUUUUUAGGAAUUGAAGGUUCAUUGGAUUUGAGUUUUUAUUCGAUUUUUUGUUCGUGUGUGGUUUGAGCAUUUUUCCUAUGUGCAUAGAUGCGAAUUGAUCCAAAACUGUGUUUCUGAAUUUGGAUUUUGUGUUCAGUCGUUGAUUUGAUUCAAAUCUCGAGUGGAAAUUCAAGUACGGUCUCACUUUCUUCGUGAAUGCUGUGCGGUGGUCUUGCUUUUCUGGUAGUUACAGCGUUUGGAUUCCCAGGGUCUCUGUUCUUUGAUUUUGAUGGGAGAAGAAGCGGGUUGUGUGCAAGCAUUGGAAGAAGGAAGGAAGGAAAACAAUGAGGAAGCAAGGACUGAGCUGAAGCGUGACUAUCACCAAUGCGUUGCUGAUAGUGAACCUCACCUGUCUCCGAAUAAGAAACAAGCAAAAGAAGUUUCGAAUGAUGAAGUGCGCUCUGAGGUUUCCAAUCCCAAUGUUUCUGCCACAGAGCAAGCACUAACUUUUCAAGAUAUUAGUAGCCAACCAACUGAAUCUGCGAAUGUUAACCAUGCAGAGUGUGGGGAACUAACGUCUACUUGUUUGGAGAAUUCAAGUUCUGAUGAAACUUUGAGCGAUGAAACUGGUAACCAGGAUAACAAUAAUACUUCUCAGAAUGAUAAGGACACGAGUAGCGCUGCGAUGACGUCCUGUGUAGUGCUGGAAAUCCCCAAACAUGCUAGUUCAUCUGGGAUCAGGAAGAUUACUUUUAAGUUCAGUAAAAAGAAGGAGGACUAUGAUUACCAAUCACAUACUCCUUUGUUUCGUCCUGCUUUCUUUACUGAAGGAAACCGCUUUGGGUUUCAUGGGGACGAUGAAGAGUAUUUGGCAAAGGAUUAUUGCAAUAGUGGAUUGUUAGAAAGCUCGUGUGGAAUGGGACAAGUUCGUGAUGGAGAUUUGGACUUGUACGCUCGCAAUAUGGAAUUGAAAAUGUCGAAGAAAGUAGUCCCCAACUGCUACCCUACGAAUGUCAAAAAGCUGUUAUCAACUGGCAUCCUGGACGGAGCUAUAGUGAAGUACAUUUACAACCCCAGCAAGGUUGAGCUACCGGGGAUUAUUGAUGGCGGCGGAUAUUUGUGUGGCUGUUCAGCGUGUAAUUACUCUAGAGUGCUUAGUGCCUAUGAGUUUGAGCAACAUGCUGGUGCCAAGACUAGACAUCCUAAUAAUCAUAUAUUCCUGGAAAAUGGAAGACCAAUAUAUAGUAUUAUACAGGAAAUAAAAACUGCUCCACUCAGCAUACUGGAUGAGGUUAUAAAGAAUGUGGCUGGUGCAUCUGUGAACGAGGAGUCCUUCCAGCUCUGGAAAGAAAGUCUUCUACAAAGCAAUGGCAGGGUUCAGGCUUAUAAAAAUUAUAGUACCAAGCUUGUUGGCUUGCCUCAUACAAACAUAAGUCAAUCUGUAGAAAGUACAAGUCACUUGUCAUCUUUGCAUACCCCAAGUCAUUUUGAGCAGCAAAUGUAUGUGAACCAGAUAACUGACGAAUGGAGACGUGCGGUGAAGAAGUCAUGCUCCUACGCUUCUAACUCAGGUGUGUUGCUGAAGAGAAGUGCUGAUGGUUGCACUAAGAGAAGGGACAACGAUUUACACAGGUUACUUUUUAUGCCAAAUGGACUACCGGAUGGUGCUGAGUUGGCUUACUAUGUCAAAGGACAGAAACUACUUGGAGGUUACAAACAGGGAAAUGGUAUAGUCUGUGGUUGUUGUGAUAUAGAGAUAAGCCCUUCACAGUUUGAGGCUCAUGCUGGAAUGGCUGCUAGGCGUCAACCUUAUCGACACAUUUAUACUUCCAAUGGAUUAACACUUCAUGAUAUAGCUCUCUCUUUGGCCAAUGGUCAAAACCUUACCACCGGAGACAGUGAUGAUAUGUGUGCAGUAUGCGGUGAUGGAGGGGAUUUGAUUCUAUGCAAUGGAUGCCCUAGGGCCUUUCAUGCAGCCUGCUUGGGUUCACAGUGUGUUCCAGAUAGUAAUUGGCAAUGUCUAAAUUGUAGAGAUAAUGCUGUUAAUGGAAGAGAAUCUUCUAUUGUGAGGCCAAUCAUGAUACGGUUGACACGGGUUGAUAAAACUCCAGAGUUUGAAAUGGGUGGAUGUGUUGUUUGCAGGGAACAUGAUUUCAGUGUUGCUAAAUUUGAUGAGCGAACAGUAAUAAUUUGUGACCAGUGUGAGAAGGAGUACCACGUUGGAUGCUUGCGUGACAUUGGGUUAUGUGAGUUGCAAGAGCUGCCAAAGGAUAAGUGGUUUUGCUGUGAUGACUGCAAUCGAAUAUAUGUGGCUCUACAGAAUUCAGUUGCUGCUGGAGCAGACAUUAUACCAGCUUCCUUGUCAGAAUCACUAGUCAGGAAGCAUGAGGAGAAGGGAUUAUGUACCUAUGGAGCUGUGAACGACAUUCAGUGGAGAAUUUUAAGUGGAAAAAGUCGUUAUCCUGAGCAUUUACCAUUGCUUUCACGAGCUGCUGCUAUUUUUCGAGAGUGUUUUGAUCCCAUUGUUGCAGUAUCUGGUCGGGAUUUGAUUCCUGUUAUGGUCUACGGGAGAAAUAUUUCUGGCCAAGAAUUUGGGGGGAUGUAUUGCAUUGUUUUAAUUUUGAAUUCUGUUGUAGUAUCUGCUGGGCUUCUUAGGAUUUUUGGCCGUAAAGUUGCUGAGCUUCCACUGGUUGCUACAAGCAGAGAACAUCAAGGAAAAGGUUAUUUUCAAGUGUUAUUCUCUUGCAUAGAGAGGUUGCUGUCUUCUCUAAAUGUAGAAAAGCUGGUGCUUCCUGCUGCCGGGGAUGCUGAGUCAAUUUGGACCAAGAAAUUAGGCUUCCGAAAAAUGAGUGAAGAUCAAUUAUCCAAAUAUCUCAGAGAGGUGCAGCUAACCCUCUUCAAUAAAACUUCAAUGCUGGAGAAGACAGUGCAGCUGGCUAUAGAUUGAGAUUUAUCUGGUGUUGUAACUAAUUUUUGGUUAUUUAUUCAUUUUUAGCAUUUGCUCACUGUAACAUUGCUUCUAUGAUCUUGCUGUUAGCGUUAUUGUUCUUCCUUUUUUUUUUCUCCCAGAGAGUACGGGUGGUUUGUGGCUGGGUCUUAGGGUGGCGGCCAGCCAUGUCUCUUUCUUUUUUGUACAAUGUAGGAUAAAAGAGUACGCGGUUAAAUUGGGGAACGUGACCUAAAAGGAUAGAAGUAGAGGAGUUGAAAGAGCGGCAUGCUGACCAUUUUUUUUCUUUAGCAUGCAUGCCCGCUACAAGUCUUUGCUGUAUUUGUUUUUUUGUUUUUUCGCUAAAAAAAAAGUCGUGUAUCUUCUCGGUGAAUGUAAGCCCCUGAAUCUUGGCUCUUUUUGGAACUUACACAGCAUGAUGAAUAAUAUGUACUCGGUAAACUAGGUUGAUAAAGCAGCGCACACACUAAAGGGCGCUUUUGCUUGAAGAUAGUGAUA